AUGCUCAUUCUUUCUAGAAGGAUUUUUGAUAGAAGCAUUCCAACUACACACCAACAAAAACUAGGCAAAAUGCUGAAGAACUUACCUUAUAAAAUGACCGAAAGCGUCCUUCACCGAGCAAUUGCUGAAAGAGUCCGACCCAUGUUAACCAUUAAUAAAAUGGAUCGCGUUUUCCUUGGAGGCCAAGUUGAUGGUGAAAAACUGUAUCAAACUCUCAAAAGUGUUAUUGAAGAAGUAAAUGGCAUCAUGGCUCCUUAUACAGAUACGAUUGAUAUCGAGUUGUACCCCGAAAAAGGUGUUGUUGCUUUUUCAUGUGGGCUCCAUGGCUGGGGAUUUACUCUGAGAAGUUUUGCGAAAAAGUACGCGAGUAAAUUCCAUGUUGACGAGUCAAAGAUGAUGGAGAGGCUUUGGGGUGAAAACUAUUAUGACCCGGUAAUCAAAAAAUGGACCACAAAGAGUACCUGGUCUCCGACUUGCAAACGAUCUGUUAUGGCCCCUAUGCUGACUAAACUCGGUGUCACCUUGAAUUAUGAAGAGAAAGAGUUGAUGGGUGAGGCAUUGGUGAUAUGUGUCAUGAAGAAAUGGCUUCCAGCUGCUGAUGAGUUACUUGAAAUGAUCAUCUUUCAUCUGCCUUCACCCCACAUUGCUCAAACAUACCGUGUGGACAUUCUUUACAAAGGGGAUUUAGAUGAUGAAUACGCAAAUGCCAUCAGAAACUGUGACCCCGAUGGCCCUCUCAUGCUAUAUGUAUCCAAGAUGAUUCCUGCAUCCAAUGACAAGAGGAGAUUCUUUGCUUUUGGUCGGGUUUUCUCGGGUCGGAUUUGA